GUGGUGCCAUCAAUAUUUACACGGAGAGGGAGUCAAGAAAACAGCUGCACCUCCGACAUCCGCCGAACGUGAAUUCUCCUCGCCCACUAUGAAGUUCGUGGUGGUCCUUGUGGCCGCGGGCACGCUUGCCUUCCUCGGCGCGGUUAUCUGCAUCAUCGCCAGUGUUUAUCCACGGAAACGAGCCGCGCCUCUCAGCGACAACGGCACCCUGACAUCGGAGACUCUCCUCCAGCCUCUGGCGCCGGGAUCUGUGGCGCACGCAGGGCCGCUGGGCGCUCUCCACGGUUCUGAGUCCUACGACGGAGGGAACGGGCUGGGCAUUGGCCUGGAGGUGCCCACUCUGAACGAGCUCAGCCCCGGGGAGGUGACCGGCGCGGGGACCACCAAGCAGUUCAGCUUCAACCGGCUGAUCUGCACUCCUGUGCCGGUCGGAGAAUGCAAGCCCAAGGGUCUGAGGCAGCAGGAGCAGCGGGAGGCACAGCAGCCGCAAGCGGAUGAGCCUCUGUACGGGACCGAGGACGAAGACUGGACUUAUCUCCGGACCACCGCGGACGAGCUCCGGCAGAUGGUUCUCCAGCAGAACGACCAGAUCCUGAUGGACCAGAGGACCAUCCGGGAGCUGACGGGGAAGCUGAACGAGUGUGAGACCGGCCUGGAGGAGGAGAGGCGCGUCCCCGAGCGCAGUGUCGGGGUCUGGACCGGCAACCGUAGACUCAUGGCCGGGGAUGAGGUGAGCUCCUCGGCCGCGGCGCAGCUGCAGACCGCCCGUGCUGUGGAGGAGCUGGAGCGGGCCAUCAUGGACCUGAAGGACCGCAUCGAGAAACUGGAGGCGGAGAUCGGCCCUGCUGCCUUGAACCUCACCGACACAUCUGUGGGUGUAAGCAGCAGCAGCAGCGGCAGCAGCAGCAGCAGCAGCAGCAGCAGCAGCUCAGCUGGUAGCAGCUCAGCCGGUAGCAGCUCAGCUGGUAGCAGCAGCAAAGCGCCCGCUCCAGCCAGCGGUGCGUCCUCCCCACCUGCCGCGCCUCACCCAGCAGGCCGCCGCCCCACCUCCCCUGCCGCCAGGCCGCCCUCUCAGGGCUCCUCGGGGCGUGGAAAGGGCACCUGGAGGGUGGAGGACCUGGAGGGAGAGCUGGAGAGAAAGAUCAAAAUGCUGGAGAAGGAGCGUCAGGCCAUGAGGAAGGAGACCCAGGGUCACCAUGAAAAGAUCAACCAGGGCAUCGACACGGUCAACCACCGCAUCACCGAGCUGGAGCACACUCUGACAGAGCCGUCGUUCCCCGAUGGCUUCGUCAUCUCCUUCCCCAUGCGAACCAACUACAUGUACGGCCUGGUCAGGAAAGAGAUGCCUGAGAUGUACGCCUUCACCGCCUGCGUAUGGCUCAAGGCCAAAGAGGGGGGCAUCGGGACCCCCUUUUCCUACUCCGUCCCGGGGCAGCCCAAUGAGCUUGUGCUGCUGCAGGGCGCCCACAACCCUGUGGAGCUACUCAUCAACGACAAGGUGGCGCAGCUGCCCCUGUCCCUGCCAGAGGAUGAGUGGCAGCACAUCUGUGUGAGCUGGACCUUGAGGGACGGGGUGUGGAAGGCCUACCAGGGGGGCAAGAUGAAGGGGAGGGGAGAGGGACUGGCUGCCUGGCAUCCCAUCAAACCCGGGGGAGUCCUCAUAUUGGGCCAGGAGCAGGACACGUUGGGUGGGCGUUUCGAUGCCACCCAGGCCCUGGUGGGGGAGCUGUCCCAGUUCAACCUGUGGGACAGGGUGUUGAAGCCCGUCGAGGUGGCCGCUCUGGCCGACUGCAGCUCCACCGUGCUGGGCAACAUCGCCCCCUGGACCGACCACGACGUAGAUGUCUUCAGAGGGGCCACCAAGGAGUCCCUGGACCCCUGCCACGCUGCCCAGAGAACCAACCCCGCCAACCACAAACAGUGAGGAGAAACUGGGUUAAAGAAAGGGAGACGUCAGCCAACAGUGACCAGGUUGUUUUUACAUCGAGAGGAGGUGACAAGAGGUUUUGGUGUUGAUUUUAAGGCGGUAUAAAGAUGUAUUACACUGAGGCUUAGAUGUUUUUUGUGAGGGGUAGGAAGCUUGCCGGUGGACUGGAAGGUGUGAUAUGGAGCUAUUAAAUAGUUAAGAGUGGUGUAUCUUCUUUUUUUCUAUUGAUGUCCACACUCGUGUUUACUUCUGUAAUGUGAUACAGUCAGACUUGAGCUCAGCCACAGAAUCACCUAAGUGAGGGGGGUUGCAUGGGUGGAUUAACUUCUGGCAUUGACUGAAUGUGUCAAAGUCACACGACUCUAAAAGCACAUUCAGCGAUUGAGUUUUUAUUGGCUAUGGUUAAAUUUACCAUCCAGUAAUCUCUUGGCCUCUUAAUCUACUUUAGUUAUUGUGGGAAAGAUCAUUGAUGCUUUAGAGUGUAUUUACAGAAUGAACAUUUAAUGAUGCCAUUUAUCUAAGGGUUUCUUAACAAAGUGACACAGAAAGUUGUGUCUUUUCUUGUCUUGUGUCAAGUUGCUUGUGUUUGAUGCAAAAAAAAAAAAAAAAAAAAAAAAAAAAUCUGAGAUGCCACCUGUUAUCAUGGUUAUACAUAUUGGUUUUAAUACUCAACAGGAAACGCAAAAUGAGUGCAAGGUUUGUUUGUUUUGUUUUGUUUUUUUUUUUUUUACAGUACAUGAUCAUGUUGAGCAAUGUCUGUGUGCAUUAUUUUUUAUUGCAUAUCAUGAUUUCUUAAUGCAGUGGUCUUAUAAAUGUGUACUGUGUAAUGUAUCUCAGCUAAUGUUGCUCUGUGCCAGUCCUCGCCCCCAGCUUCAACUCACACAUCUCACAGGUCUGCAAGUGUUAAGUCGCAGCAUUUCUAUUGUUUGCAACUUCUGAGCACAAAGUAGUAACCCUCAAUUAAAGUGCGAAAAUAAAUAUUCCUGCCAGCUUGAUGUCAAUCUAGCCACCAACAGGACACUGAAAUUGUGAAGAAUAUGGGUGGGUUCUAUUAAAUUAAGGCUUGCUGUGUUGUACCCUUGAAUGUAAACCUGAUGGAAUGUAGCUGUAUUUGCAUGAGUGAAGCUUUUUAGGCUAAGGUUGGAUGUCCUGUCACUAAGAACCCAGAAUUAACAAACACUGAAACACACCCAACUGAAUGUCCAUUUGGCAGAUUUUGUCCUCACAUAAUUUCGUGGGCUUAUGUCAGGGGCCGAGGGAAGUACAUGGUUUUGAUGGAGUCUAAAAGAACUGAUCCCACUGUGGCCAUGUGAGCGUACGUCACACCUGAGCAGCAAAACUGGUGUUAAUUCAACAUUUAAGCACAAGGACUUGAGAUAGCAAUCAAAAUUAGUAAUCAAAUUAGCUCCAGAGCUUUUACAUCAGAUGCUUGAAAUUUGCAGAGAUGUCAGUUUCAUCAGGGGAAUCUGUGAAAUGAUAACUGUUUGUCUGAUUCCCAGUGUUUAUAUGAUGUGUAUCUUGGUACAGAACAGUAGCACACAAAUGGGGAUCCACCCUAUUUUGUCAAGGUCCAAUAUUUCCAGCACCUACAGUCCCUCCAUGUAAUAUUUUUUUUUUGUAUGUUCCCUCAAUCCUGUGUUUUCUCAUUGAAAAGAAGAACAGUGUCCAUACCACAAAAAUGAUAUUACAAUACAUGUUCAGUAAAUAUAAUAUUCUCUUGUUCAUACACAUUUCAAUAAAGCUGGCAUUAAUGUUGGCGUAAACACCGUAAGCCAUAUAACAUUAAACAUUUGCAACAUGCAAAAUCCUACGUUCCCUGAACCUAAAAAGAAUAAUGUCCACAAUGUCCAUGUCCUCUGGUAUAUUAACAGAAAUGUAUAAUCUGACAGUACCUUGUUAAGUAAAUCAUAUGUGAAAUUUUUGAAUAUGGUCUAUUAAAAGAAAAAUCAUUGAGGGAAUAUUAGGCCCUGGAAACAUAGGACUUUGGGGGAUGGAUAUACACCCCCCCCCAUGUCUUGGCUGCACAUGCUCUCCUGGGUGAAGUCUCUAAUUGGUCACCGUGGGAACGCGGUUUAUAGAGCUCAGUGGGCAGAGGAAGGCGCUCACACUGACAGGGGGAAUGGUUCAUUUCCCACCUGGACUCGUCAUACAUCAGAAACGUAUUCGGUCAAAGGUCACGUACACCGCAGGCGUCAACGCUCUGUGCUUCCUCCUGCUUACCUCAAGACAUCAGCCCCACCUGAGAUUUGACACCCAGUUGUAAAGUGCCUGCCUGGGCUCACGCGCCCAAAGAAACAGUCAAGUGUUGUCAUGUCUUCUUCUUCAUCUCUUCUUUCUCUCUCUCUCUGUUUUUGUCUAUCUCUUUCUCUCUCUCUCACUGUCUCUUUCGCUUUUGGUUAUGAUGUUGAAAGGCUGUGACAUCAGUGUUGUGCUUGUCCUUAUUUGCACCUCCAUGGAUCUUCUAUGGUAUUGUGAAAUAUGUGGAUGAAAAAAAUAAA